GUCAUUGCGAUUCGACAGUGCUCAAGUUUCGGUGGGCUGAACCGGACUGUGAGUGUGAUCAGUCGGGGUGCAAAUAGUCCUUAACCCGAGUACGGGCGGAAGACGUAUAACUCCAUAAGACAUUGCGGCGCAGCAGGUCUCGUCUUUAAGUAUACUAACGUUGUGUGAUUAUCGACAGUAUGGCAGAAGAAAGUUCAACUUCUCUUACUUCCGGGUUAAGAACUGAUGAGCCUCACGGCGGUUCCCUCAGCGCCGAAGACGUGGCCUCUGCAGCGGACGACUUGCUGGGGUCGCUGGACCUGCUGGUACGCUGUGGGCUGAGCACCGAGGGUCUAACCUCGGUGGAGGAGGCGCAGGUCCGGCUCAAACAUCACUUACAGGGCACAGCGAGGGGGGGCGAGCCGCAGAGAAGUACAUCUAAGGUGAUGCAAGCCAUGCAGGAUGAAGUAGAGAGAGACAGUCACAUCCGGAAGCUGCUCUUGGCUUUUUCCCAAGCCGAGAAGUACUUACACGGUCUGGACCAGCCGCAGAAAGACCAGCUGGACGCCGCGCCCGGUGUGCAGGGGUGGGAGGACAAACUCACGUGGUACCAGGACAGACUGACGAGGAACGACUGUCCCAUCCUGGUGGCAGGGGAGACGUCCGCAGGAAAGAGCAGCAUCCUGAACAUGUUGCUUGGGGAGGAAAUCCUGCCGUACUCGCUGUUAUCCACAACUUCUGUCAUCUGUGAGCUCAAGUAUGGCGCGAAAAGAUGUGCUGUGGCUCACUUGGCAGAAGCUGAUCCGGCCACAGGGAGAGAUACAGUGGACAUCGUUUUUCAGGACUCCGUUCCCGUCAUGCAACAGCUGGCCCCGUAUGUGCAACAGAGGGGAGACCGCUCAGCUCCCAGUCCUUACAGCAAGGUCGAAAUCUUUUGGCCUUUGGCGUAUUUAAAGGGGGGUAUCGUGAUUGUGGACAGUCCGGGGAUCGGAGAGAGUGAUGACAUGACAAAACACGUCAUCAGCUACCUCCCACAGGCCUUUGCGUUUAUCUACGUCAUCAAUAGCGGGAGCGCGGGAGGUGUGCAAGAAGACAGGCUCCAGAAGCUCCUAAAGAUGAUCUCUGAGAAGAAAGACGGUGAUUGGUUGCAUCACUUCAACCCCGAGGCCGCCAUCUUUGUUUGCAAUAAGUGGGACCAAGUGCCAGGAAAGGAAACAGACGAAGUCAAACAAGAUACGUGGAAGAAGCUGCAGCGAUGUUGGCCGGGCAUCAAAGAGCACCAGUUGUAUUAUUUGUCUGCAAGAACGGCGUCCUCCCAGUUUCGUGCUGCCGGCAUCCUGACUAAGGACUUUGAAGAACUGAUCCAGGGUAUUGAAGAACUUUUGCCCGCCAGUCUUCAUAACCGACUGGAGUCCACUUACAAAUGGCUGUCGAACCUUCUGAAGCGCAGCGCUUUCUGCCAGCGCGUUCAGAUCUGCAGUGCCCUGAUGACUGCCGACCAGCGGCAGAAGGAGUACCUGGACAUCAUGGACCGGAUCGCCAAACUAGAGUCCCGCGCGGGAGCGGUGAUGAAAGGUCUGGAGAAGGAGUUGAACACGAGCGUUCGUCAGGCCGUCGAGUCCCUUGAGACGUACCUGACAAAUGAGGAACAGACUAUCACACGUUGGACCGAGCAUGAAGCACCCACCGCAAAAGACUUCUCUGUUAUCAACGAAGAAGUGGCCAACCUGAUUCGUCAGCGACUUCAGACGGUCAUUAACUGUUGGAAGGAGAACACACGGCCAUUCCAGAAGAUUCAAGAUGACCUCAUGAGGCGAUUUCAGGAGGAGUUCCGACCUGUGGAAGACCAGGUUGCAGCUAUCCGUCUCGCUAUGGAACAGGGAGGAGGAGCGGCUGAACAACUCACAGUUUCGGCGGAUCCUGAACGGAAGAGCCUGGAGAUGAUAAAUGCCCAAUGGACGCCAGGGGAGAAGGUCGCCAUCGCUUUGACGUCACCAAUAUGGCUUCCGUUCGCGAUAGUGGCUGGAGUCAUUUAUCUCCCAGUCGCUGGGAUACAGACCCUUUACAACAAGAUUGUUACUGAGCAGAAGAUGAAGACCUACCACACAGACAAGGCCAGGUUUAUGAAGGAACGGGCGGAAGAGAUGCUGAAGUCCUUGUGUGAGGGAAACAAUCUCCGCAAGGUGAUGGACAGUCACAUGGCGGCCGUGUGGCAGUGGUUCAGCGCUCUGAAGGAGUCUAUUCCAACACUCCUCCGGGCCGAGAAACGUCUUCUGCACAGCGUACAGCAGGAGAAAACACAGAACAGAAAAGCUGUGGGAUAUUACAAGACGUUCUACCAACAAUGCCUGCAGCUGCAGAGCAAACUGGACAAAUUGUACAUGAGCGACAUCCGUAAGUACGAGAUCGACAAUGACAGUAUCAUCUGUGACCGAACCACUGACUUCAUAUCGGAGGGGUGUUUCGGGGCGGUGUACCGCGCCAGCCUGAAGAAAGCCGACGGUUCGUCGCAACCCGUGGCACUGAAGAUACUAAAGGACGACUUACUAUCUGACACUGUUUCUGAGUUCCUUGUCGAGGAGGACAAUCUUAAACGCUUGCAGCACCCAAACGUCGUCCGGUUCCUCGGCUCUUCUUGCCGAAAGACCAGGGGCCGGCCGUCUGGAGCUGUUCAUGGUUUUGGAGCUGCGCGACACAACCCUCAAACGGGUUGUAUUUCUCGGUCACCAAAACGUUCCCGCGAAACACAAAGUCGACAGCCCGACUUUCAUCAGGGCGAGGGAGUUCCUGAGGACCAACGCACUGCAGAUCGCCAGGGGGCUCUCCUACAUCCACGGUAACGGUCUGGUGCACAGGGAUCUCAAGCUGGACAACAUUCUGAUGAAGAGAGGGACGGUGAAGAUUGCUGACCUGGGCAUGGCCAAACCGAUGGAGAUCAUCGCCGGGACCUGCCAUGCAGGAGCUCUG